CCGGCCGCUCGCGGCGGCGCGUCACGUGCCUCCCCGCUGCUCCUCCUCCUGCUCGUGCCCUCCCCGCGCCUGGCCGCCGCCGCCCCGCGCAGGCCUCUGGCCGACUGGGAGCGCUCGCGCGCGGGGCGUUCGGCUGUCCCGGCCGGGCGCGGCGGCGGCGGCGCGUGGAGAUGCCCGCCGGGCGCGCUCCCCCUGUGCCUCGGCCGAGCGGCCGCGCUCGCUUCCUCGAGGAGAGAGCUGAGCCUCUGCGCUGGGAACCUGCAGCUGGAGAGCAAAAGGAGGGACUUCGCCUCUUCCGGGUGUAGGAAGCUCUACUUUGACACCCACGCCUUCGUGUGUUUACUCGAAGAAAAUGGGUUUACUACUCAGCAAGCAGAAAUCAUCGUCUCUGCCUUGGUCAAGAUCAUGGAAGCCAACAUGGACCUUGUCUACAAAGAUAUGGUCACCAAGAUGCAGCAGGAGAUCACUCUUCAGCAAGUAAUGUCUCAGAUUGCUAAUGUGAAAAAAGAUAUGAUUAUUUUGGAGAAGAGUGAAUUUUCAGCCCUCAGAUCAGAAAAUGAGAAAAUCAAACUUGAACUACAUCGGUUAAAACAACAAGUAACGGAUGAAGUGGUCAAAGUCCGAACAGAUACCAAAUUAGACUUCAGUCUAGAAAAGAGCAGAGUGAAAGAAUUGUUUUCAUUAAAUGAAAGGAAGCUCCUGGAAAUAAAAACAGAGAUGGUGUCCUUGCACGCCCAGCAGGAUCGGGCCGUCACGCAGACCGACCGGAAGAUAGACACCGAGGUCGCUGGCCUCAAAACCAUGCUCGAGUCGCACAAGCUUGAUAAUAUUAAAUAUUUAGCAGGAUCUAUAUUUACGUGCCUAACAGUAGCUCUGGGAUUUUAUCGCCUGUGGAUAUAAUAAAGUGUCUAUUUAAAGAGAACUCUAUUGUUUGGCCUUAAGAAUACCAGACUGCUGCGCUUUUCUUUUCUCAUUUCCAAUUUUAAUGCUGAUUUUUAGUUUAAUGCAUAUUAUUUAUUUUAUGCAAAUUAUGGACAUGUAACCAAGGCAAAGAAGUGAGAGAUUCGUAAUUGCUCCUUUUGUCUUUUCCAUUUAGUUGACUUUAUAACUCUGAGUGGUGGUGGACAGAGCAUGGAAGACUCCACUUAGCUGGACCAGUGAACUUGGUCUAACCCAUGGGACACACCAACACUCAGUAUUUGUAUUAACUCUACAAUUUAAAAUCUUUUCGUCACAUCGAGGAUUUGGGGUCUCCAUUUCAAAGGCACGAUAGCUUUUCUGAGUGCUGAAGAAUCACUGAAACUCGGUCAGAAGCACCAAAUCCUCGCUCCCUGUUGACCCAGUCCCUGGCGUCAGGCAGUCCUUGUGUCAGAGGUUGUGUUUCAAGUCCAGUUUGUUCGUAUCCUCAUGAUACAGCUGUACUUCACACCCGCAGGAGAUUUUUUUCUUGAAUUUCCAUUGUCUUAGUAAGUUGUUGUUCUGUUUCUUUUUUAUGUGCCUUCCAGCUGGAGAACCUUGUGAUUAUAGUGGGGCCUCCCUUCUUAAAGUGCUUGGUUUCCCUCCCUCCCGCUCCCUGGGCCCCUCUCCCUCUCCCUCUUGAGUUGAGAGCCGCUGUAACGGCCCAGUUGAGGCAUUACCUCCCUGGACACCUUGCUCAUCCUCGGCGUGGAAGUCUGCUUCAGUGUGCGGGACAGUGUCCACUUCCUUCUGGUCUUCAUCAGCCUUUUUUACAAGGUUUGCCUUCUGUAGCGACAUCUAGACACUUAGAUGGUGCAUGCACUUUUUAGAAAUGUCUUUCAUGAAUAUGCCUUUGCCCGUUACAAGCUCAGGUCGUAGGUUUUGAAAAUUAGAGAACGGUCAUGCCAGGUGUCAUCCUAAUCUAGCUUGCUUUCUUAGAUUGUUAAAGACAUUCUCAUACCGACCUUACCUCUACAUUUAAAACAAGUAAAUUCCUAGAUUUUACAACCGGGGGUAUUUGGGAGACGCACCUUCUCAUCUUAGUUGAAUGACUUGCACGUAGAGCAAAUAAACGUUUGAGAAACCAUGACGUUGACGAGCACCUUUCUUUCUCCAGGUACACACGUGUUCACGUUAUCUGGUCCAGUGUAGGAACCACAGAGACUCCUGAUCAAACUGGUACAAUGAAGUACCCAUCAUCACUGUUCUGUCCACACUGGCAAAAAUUACCUUCUGUCCCCUGGAUGUAAUCUAAACCUUGGAAAGUGUAAUUCUUUGCCUUGUUUGACAACGUUUGUGUAGCACAGAGUCUGAGCUGCAGAUAAAUAAGAAAAUCAAAUACUUUGACAUUAGUGAUACCAGUUUCAAACUAAAUAAUUAUUCUUUUUUUCAAAUAGAUCCAAAAUUAUCUUAACUGCCUCAUGAAGAAUAUAUCAUUUUAUCAGUAUAUCCUUCCCCUUUCAGAGAAGAAUCCCCAGGAAAUAACUGUACAUUUAACAGUUGCCUUAAUAGUUUUAAAGAGUUAAGUAAAUGACAUCCCGUUAAGACCACCUUUGCAACAUAACUUGGGUUAGUAGGAGCCUGGAGAAGGAGCCUGGGGCACAGACACGCCUCCAAAACAAAGAAUCCCCAAGAAGAAAAGUACUGUAGGCAGUUCUGUUCCUAAGCAAAUACUAAUUUUUAUAGAUUAAAAACAGAAAGCGAAGUGAUCUUUUAACCUGAUAAAAUAUUUUUAAGUAACAUUUGGCUGGGUGACAUUCUGUCGUCUGCCAAAAGUACUCCGCAUGGCAUUCGCACUGGUGGUGGUGGGCCGCGUCCGUCUGUCCCUUCCUUUGGGCCACUGAUUUUGCUGUGGAGUUCCCUGCAGUACAGAGCAGCCCCCCUCCUCCCAGCCUUGGGAGCCAGGAACCCUCCUUUUGGUAGCGUGGAUUGCGUGCUUAUUUGGAGGCUAGGAGGGAUCGGGACCAGGUUUAUUGAGUCAAAUGUGUUCAAAAAGCAUAGAAGCCAAAAAUACAGGUCCGUGAGCAGCGUGAGCCUGCUGGGGCUGAGCUCGUCCGGCUUAGAAGCAUGCAGGUCCCUUUAGGAAAUUCGGCAUGGGCAUUCAGAAGGGCGAAGAUAACCUGGCAGAACUUUCUGAUGGCCUUUGUCUAUCACAUGGGAAAUUAGCUUUUUGGCCCUGAAAAGCACCUCUAGGCAGAGGUGCUCAAAGCAGGAUGUCAAGUGGACCGAAUCUAUUUCCUGUUGAUGCAUGUCGCUCAGUUCUUAGACGCUUCCUCUGCAUCCGCCUUUCUUUUCUCCCCUCCCCUGCUCUUUCUCUUUCUUUAAGAGCCUAACCUCCGACUCCACUCCUUCUCUGCUCCAUUAACAAGCCAAGUCCGUUUGUGCAUACAGUUCUUUACCGGAAACGUGAGUUUUGAUUCCUGGGCUGGUCUUAGUCCUCAGCUGGUUUCCCGCUUAGAUUCUAACAAAACUGAAUCCCAACGUGUUUGUCUUUUCCCUUAAGUAUGCGAGUACCUCAGGUGAGAAGUCACAAAUUCAGGAAGAAAGGCUCGACUCAAACCAGAAAUCUGGCUGGAAUUUGUCUCUGGACUCUAAAAACUAAAAUCCCGAGCCUGGUGUCCAUGCACCUGCCGGGGUCGCGUCCGGCUCAGCUGUGCCCUUCCCUUUGCUGCCUGCGUAGUGACAACCCCCCCCACCCGCCCACCCGCUUUGACUGGCUGCGUCAGGCUGGCGAGCUCCUCUUCCUCCACCCUGAUGUGCUCUGUUCUAAGAAUUUUGGCGUCAUUUCUGAAUAAAUGUCAAUAGAUGGUACCAUGGAACCCACACCGAGAAAACUGGCUCUUAACAUAUGUUUAUCAAAUGUGUUGUGACUUUUCUGACACUAAAGCAAAAACAUGUUAAUCAGGGAUGAUUUAUUCUUUAUAUAAAAUGUUUGAGAAUGUUUAGUCUUUUAUUGGAGUUUCACUCGGAAAAUGUCAAUCUUUCUGCAGAUUUAUAACUUAUUUGUAACUCGGAGUAUAACCCAGGUCGCUUCUUAACCCUUUCAUUACUUAAGCAAAUAUUCAGUCACAUUUUACUGUAUAAGAUUGGGCGUGACAUUUUUAUUAUCUAAAAUAAAAUAUUGAAUUCUUUGUGA